UGGCCUCACUUCAAAACCCCAACUCCAUCUACUUUCAUUUUAAUAUCUUGUGAAGCCUGCGUCUGCACAGUCUCACUGAGAAACCUGGCUGAUCUAAAUAAACUGCAGUAGAUUUAAUUAUUCCUUCUGUCGGCUCACAAAGUCAAGAGAAGUUUGAAGUUGCUGUUUGUUUGUCUAUGUGACACUGAAACUGCGGGCUACAGGCUGGAUUUGUUCAAAGUGUGAAAAAAGAAUUUGAAUUGACAAAAUGUCUUCAAAUGCUAUCAGUAUGUCAGAAAGACGACUCGGCUCAGGAAUGCCUGGAGUCGUGGAGUGUCAAGAGUGCACUGGCUCAAAACAAAUGGCCGUCAACAGCUGCCUGACCUGCCUGAUCUCAUUCUGUGAGAUUCACGUCCAAUCACACAAGGAGAAUGAGGCUUUUAAGGGACACAGGCUUGUUGCUCCAGAUGUUAACCUGCCACAGAAGAUCUGCUCAAAGCACCACAUGCUAAUGGAAGUUUUUUGCGGAACUGAUCGAGAGAGCAUUUGCUACAAGUGUGUAUGCCUUGAACAUAAAACUCACGAGAUAUUGACACCUGAGGCUGGGAGAUCAGAAAAACAGGAGGAGGUACCAGAGACAAUGCAAGAAAUCCAGAAAAGAAUGAAAAUGAAUGAAGAAAAAGUCAAGGAGAUCAAAACAGCUCUUUCCGAGUUUAAAACUAUCGUGGAAGAGAAGAAUAAGGAAUAUGAGGAGACCUUCGACUUUCUGUUUCAGUCUAUUGCCAGGAAGAAAAAAGAGGUGAUUAAAAGUAUUACAGAAUAUGAACAGAGAGAAGAAGAGAAGGUCAAAGACCUCAUAAAGAAACUAGAGAAGGAAACUGAUGAGCUGAAGAUGAGAGGCACAGAGCUGGAAAAGCUUACAAAAACAGAUGAUCACAUUCACUUCCUCCAGACGUUUCCAGCUUUCCGUGCUUCUUUGGGAGAAAGAAACACUGAGGACACCGCUAUUAACAUAAAUCUCUUCCAAGACCAGCUCAUCAAUAACCUGAAUUAUCUUAAGAAGCUUCUGGAUAAGCUAAGCAACUUUAAAUUUGAGGAAACAACAGACCCUGGUUCAAGUCAUAUCUUAGAGAACCUUCAUCAACCAACUGCAAUGAAAGAACUAAAGAUUGCAGAAAGAAAUGGUGUACCUGAUUCUGAAGAGAAAGACGUAAUUAAGCAUGAUUAUGAAGGUGCAGGUCCAUUGAGAAAAUACCCCAAUGUUCAAGUCAUUGGUGGGGAGAAUACUUUCGGUGCCAGAGAAGAAUUUUUAAGAAGACUUGAUGAGAUGAAAAGCAUCCGCUAUCAGACUUUUUCUGAUACAAAAAGUAAGCUGGUGCUGCUCUUCUGUAGUGUCGUAUCUCGAUUAGGAAAGGAUAUCAGCCAUGCACUUCGGCAAAUUUCUGCUGGCACAAAAAUUAUUCUGGUCAUCAUGCAUCAUACUCCUGAUCCCCGUCUUAUAUUGGUGGACAGCAGUAAAUUUGUGGAAGAGAAAGAUGUAUUAUUGACAGUGGACUGCCUUUUCCAUGAACAACGUGGCUUCCAUAAUUCCUCUUUAAAUCAAGAAGCACUAAAAAAGGUUUUCAAUGUUAUACUUAAAAACUAAAAAAUCAAAAAACAAUCUUCUUCAUGUACAUUAUGCCAUGAGGUAGACUGGCACCCCAUUCAGAGUUGGUUCAUGUUAUAUGCUUAGUACUUCCAGGAAUGGCUCCAUCCACCUGUAACCUUGAAUUUUAAAAUGCAUGUGUACGUAGACUAUAUUACUACCUAGCUUGUUAUAGCUUGCACCAUUUAAAAGGUGUUCUUUACAUUACAUUUAAGUGAUACAGAUAGGAGGUUUGUCAUUAAUGCCGAUGCUGCUGUAUGCAAUUCCUGAAAGGGCUGUUUGGUUUGAAGAAAUAAAAAAGUUCAAUGAA